ACACUGAUUAUUAAAAAACAAUCGUUAUUUGAAACAAGAUUGAAGUGCUGCCAUCUAACAGUCGCGGUAAAUAUUAAAUUUUGAAAGAGCGUCUCCAUUGAUUGAUUGGAUACAAACAAAUAGUUGUUUGUAAUCAGAAAGAAUGGAACGCAAAGAUGCGAGGAUCGUCAGCGAAAAGGAAUCCCCGUAUUCGGGUUACGUUAUCAUGGAGGAUCUUGCGGAGAAGCUGAAGAAUUUGGGUUACGAUCGUGAAUCGCCGAAGAUGAAACCCAUCCACAAGCAUUACUUCAUGGUGCAGAAGAACCCAGGGGAGCAGUUCUAUUUGUUCUCCUCGUUGGCGGCGUGGCUGAUCAGGAAAAGCGGGAAGAGUUUCGAGCAGCCCCAGGAGUUCGACGAUCCGAACACCACGAUUGCCAACAUCCUGGACGUCGUCAGAAACGAUAAGGGUUUAGUAUUGGAAUUUGCGCCUAAUAAACUGAAGCAAGGAUACGGAGAUCACGUUGUCUUCAUUUUGGAUCAUCUGGCUGACGUCGCUUUGGAACACGAAGGAUUCCAAUGGAAAAGAGCUAAACCUUCUGCGGAAACCGAAGAGGAAGCCGAGAUGAUCGAGGAUGAAUCCGAGUUGGUUUUGGAUCGCGUCGAGGAGGAGAUGAUGGCCUAUUAUUCCGACGACGAAGAUGAUCCGUACGUCUUCAACGUGGAUGCGGCGCCCGCAAAGAAAUCCGAAGUCUUUGAAAUCAACACGAAUAUUAACGAGGAGGAAUGGAAAUUGGAGUUGGAGCGAGUGUUACCGCAACUUAAGGUUACCAUCAGCAACAGCAGUAGAGAUUGGAGGUCGCAUUUAGAUCAGAUGAAGCAGUACCGUACCACGAUUGAUCAGACGUUCUUCAGCACGAAGAACAAUUUGGAUAAGUUGCACAAGAAUAUCUCAGUGGCCGUGGAAAAAAUCGGCAAUCGCGAGAAGUAUCUGAAUAGGGAAUUGGACGCCGUUCUGGACGAGUACAGGUUGCUUCAAGAUCAAUUAUCGAAGGUGACGGAUAAUUACAGGAACAUUAGCGGCGGAGUGACGGAGAGGAAUCGGGAUUUGGAGCAGCUCUCUGUUCGGUUGGAGUCUGUGAAACAGGAGAUGGAGCAGAGGGGAAGUUCAAUGACAGAUGGAACGCCUCUCGUUAAAAUAAAGAAGGGGAUCAGCCAGAUUAAAGCGCAGAUUACGAAGAUGGAUAUACGCAUCGGCGUUUUGCAAUGUUUGCUUUUGCAGUCGAAAAUCCAGGAGAAAAAGUUGCUGGAGGACGAUCUCGGACAAACGAUUCAUGCGUUUUGAUAAUUGUAAUUUUGUAAUUUAUUAAUUUUAAGAGUGACACGGUUUCAAAUCUGAACAACAUUAUCAAUUUCAUGAUAUAUUCUAGUUGAAAUAAAUCAAAGGAGGCAUGGAAACAAAAGUAGCCAAUCUCGAUGAGUUUGUAGAAACGACCAAUCAAAAUGCGAAGUGUAUGCAGUGUAAAUAAAUAAAAUAACCAAUCAGGAACUACAGAAGAAGAAAAAAUAACAAUCCCAACUACGAAUAAAGAUAGGAAAGGAAACAACCAAUUAUAAUGGCAAUAGUUUUUGUUUGCGUCUAUGGAAAUUUUGGUAAACACAAAAAAUACAAUGAAAGAUAAUAAAUCAGCAGCCAAUAAAAACUGACGAAUUACAGAAGUUGUAAAAAAAGGGACAACCAAUGCGUGCAAAGAUAAAUAAACAACCAAUAAAAAAACAGUUGAAUGCUACCAAUAACCUUAGAGUAAAUUGAGAUUGGUAUAUGAAUUGUCGAAUAAUGGGCGUUUCUAUUAUAUAUUAUGUUAGUUUCUUUAAUUUUUAUAAAAUCAAUUAAAUAUAAAGUUGGUAAUUGGUAAUCAAAUUAUGAUUGUG